AAACGAGGGGACAUGGGAAUUCAAUAGGAAUUGAGCAUGGAAGGGACUUACUCAUCAAAUUUAUAGUUGAUAUCAAGUGGGAAUAUUUUUAGAGAUGGGAGUCAUAGCAUCAUUAGCCUUUUUCAGGGUCAUAUCCAAAGCUCCGAUUAUAAUAGUGGUCUCAUCAUGUGUCAACUCGCCACCUUUACCUGCCUGAGUUGCAAGAGAGUAAACAUCAAACACUUGGUGCAGCAUCCCAUCAUGUGAAGCUCUCAAUUGCUUGUUUAGGCUACUUCACCUAUUUCACGUACUACAUGUUACUUGUUAGGCAACUCCAAGGUUAUAGAUGCACAGAGAAGAAGCAGAAAUCUUCGGAGCAGUUACCUUAUUGCCAUGAAGGUCGACCAAAGUCUUGAGCUCUGCUCGUCGUAGAAGUGCAGAAUGCUUCUUCCCAAGAACAUAAUCAAGCAGCUGGUAAUGUUUAAAAAGGCACUUCAGAGGUACUUUGUUCAUCAAGUUUCAGGGAUUGGAAGUUUGGAACCAAGCAGGUAAAUUGGGUUCUGCUACUUACCUUACUGUUAGAAUAUGACUUGAAUUUGAUUUAGGUUUGUUUUGUGUUUUAGGCCUAUUCUGUUUGGGUUGGGGAUUGGAUCUUCUGUUCUGACACUUACUAAUAGGAUAAGCAGCUGGGAAGAGGACUAUGACAAUCACUGACCCGCAGUAGCGUGGAGCGGGGCAUGGGUAUCAACUUUCGACACGCCCUGACCCGCCUCGUCCCAUUCUUGACCCGUUCUAGGUCAAUUUCUUACCUCAUCCAUUCAUAUAUCUCCUAUUUUGGCUUAUCUCAACUAGUUAGACUUGAUCUUUCAACUAAAUAGACUCAGUUACCCAUUAGAUUAUCACUAUUAUUCAUUCAUAAAGUCUUUUCCCUUUCGUUUUAUCAUUAAAAGUAAAAUUUAGUGUGUAUUUUUCUCAAAUAGCAUGUAAGAGUGGGUCGACCCGCCCCGUACCCGCGCGAAUAUUACCCGCCCCGACCUGUACUAACGCGGGGCAGGACAUGUGUAUUGAAAUACCCGCCCGCCCGACCCAUUGCCAUCACUAGGCCAAGUUCACCACUUCAGUACAAAUUGCUGUUCUAAUAAUAGGGAUCUCACAACCAGCUAAUGCCAACUACGUUCCAAGUUCCAACUUAUUGCAUGAGACAUGAGCAAUAGCGACCACAUGGAGAUCGUCUGUUUUAGAGGGUGCAGAAAAGCUGGGAAUUGGGGGAGGAUCCUUGGAUCUGAAUGGUAGUCGUUUUGAGCUUAUUUUUGGAUGGGCUUCAGGACUGCAAAGUUGGGGCCCAAUGAGAUAAUUUCGUGUUAAAUCAACGGGCCCAAUUUGUAGACGAGUCAAACCUACGGUUCUCCCAAAUGAGCUUUCUCCAUCUCCGCCGUGGUUUUGACUGAACUGCCGUAGUCUCCACUGUUUUUGAGUUGUCCAAGUCACUGCUUAUUUUAUUUUGGCAGCUUCCAGGUUUUCCAUAUUCCACUUUGUUUUGAUGAUAAUUCCAUCUUUUCCUCCUACGAUUUUCCGAAUACCAAACAAACAUCUGUCUUCCUCCCUACCCACAGCGACGACCUCAUCGCAUAAUCAAUGGCUUCCACACCAUCGCCGGCUUCGUCUCCAAUUUUCAUCGACGCCGAAUCCCUGCGCGCCACCCUAUCCCACAGCUCCUUAAUCCAACACUUCCAGACCUCCCUCCCCGCCGUCUCCCCGACGCUCCACACCCCAAUCCGCCAAAGCUACGCCGUUUCAUCCGCCUCCAGCCUCCUCCUCAUGCCUUCCUGGUCCACCUCCCAAUCCUCCUCCCUCCCUUACAUCGGCGUCAAGCUCGUCACCCACUUCCCCCAAAACUCCCGCCUCCACAGCCUGCCCGGAAUCCACGCCAGCUACGUCCUCUUCAGCUCCGCCACCGGCCAGACCCUCGCCACCAUGGACGGCACCCUCCUGACCCUCUACCGAACCUCCUGCGUCUCCGGGCUCGCCUCAAAGCUCCUCGCCCGAGCCGACAGCCGGGUCCUCGUCAUGGUCGGCGCAGGCGCCCUCGCGCCGCACCUAAUCAGGGCCCACCUCGCGGCCCGGCCGGGGCUGCGGGAGGUGAUCAUCUGGAACAGGACGCAGAGCAAGGCCGCCGAGCUCGCUGAGAAGCUGAACUAUGAGCUCGGUGGUGGUAUUGUGAGCUUCAGGAGCGGAGGGGAGGAUUUGGACGAGGUGAUCGGGCUGGGGGAUAUAGUGAGCUGCGCGACGAACAAUGCGGACGCUGCCCCGCUGGUGAAGGGGGAGAAGCUGAAGCCCGGGGCGCAUCUGGAUUUGGUGGGUUCGUUCAAGGAGAACAUGAAGGAGUGCGACGACGCGGCGCUGAAGAGGGCAGGGGCGGUGUUUGCGGAUAAUGAAGCGGCGUUGGUGGAGGCAGGGGAGCUGGUGGGUGGGUUCGAGAGAGGUGUGAUUGGGAAAGGGGAAGUCGGGCUGUUGGUGGAGUUGAUAGAGGGGGAGAGAGCUGGGAGGAAGGACUGUGAUGAGAUCACUGUGUUCAAAUCUGUUGGUUCUGCGGUUGUUGACAUGCUCGCUGCGCAAUUCGCGUACGAAGCUCGAGCUAGGAAGUAAGGUAGAGAGGAAGGAAAGAAUGGGAAUGAUGGAUGUGCAGAGCUUGUACCUGGAGAGGAAUUGAAGUGUGGAGAAUGGAGCAGA